UGUGCCCAUACUGUAGGGAUUUGUACAUGAUGCCGUUCUCCACCCGCUGAUGCACGGAUCAGGAAAAGCAGUAAAAUGCACAGUUAGGGUAAGAACGGGAAAUGGACGCGCGCGCAUUUCUCACAAUGUACCUUUUUUGCUUUGCUUUGUUUUGUUUUAAGCAACAGAAGAUUUGAAACGGUAUUUGAAUACUUUUUUUUAUCUUAUUUUAGACUGAUACAUCAGUAAACGUUUUAGUGGUUUCGUGCAUUGUAAGUGAUGCGAAGUGUCAUGACACGCGCGCAAAGGGGUCAGAAAUGAGCGCGUGACUUAUUUGUAAAGAACGAGCUGCACACUGAUCUGAUCUGAGCUGAUCUGAGCUGAACUGAUCUGAUCUGAGCUGAACUGAUCUGAUCUGAGCUGAACUGAUCUGAUCUGAACUGAUCUGAACUGAGCUGAACUGAGCUGAGCUGAGCUGAGCUGAACUGAACUGAUCUGAUCUGAACUGAGCUGAGCUGAUCUGAGCUGGACUGCACUCUGUAGGUCAUGAUGCUCGGUCAUUCUCCACAUCUUGUAGGGGGAAUUCUCUGGAUUCAGAACCCCAUGAGAGCUGUCCACUGCAGCCUGAGUCAGAAUGGGAUCGAUCACCAGGUGUGUAUGGCGGAUGCCCGUUCACACGUGGAAGAGGAGUGUGUAGAUCAUGGCUCAGGACUGAAUGAUAACAGCUCGGGCUUUCAGCAGCACAGUCCAGGUUUCCAGCGCUGUAGUCCACCACAACGCUCCGUCUCUGAAUCUGAACUCUCCAAGUCAGGGACGGUGAAACUGUCCAAACCGGUGGCUUUGUGGACUCAGCAGGAUGUGUGUAAGUGGCUGAAGAAACACUGUCCAAACCAGCAUCAAGUCUACAGUGACGCUUUCAAACAGCACGAUAUUACAGGCCGGGCUUUGAUGAGGCUGACAGACAGGAAGCUGGAGAGGAUGGGGAUCAUGCAGGAGAGCCAGAGACAGUACAUCCUGCAACAGGUCCUACAGCUUCGUGUCAGAGAGGAGGUUCGCACCCUACAGCUCCUCACACAAGCCUCUUUGGAGAGCUCUCCAUAACCCAAGCAGUUCCAGAGACCCGCCAGUCACCGCAAACGUCUUCUCAAAAUCAUUGGCAGCACACACCAGCCUUCCAAAACUGAGUCGACUCAAGCCCCGGAUCAAACCCUUGUGUCUUAGGAUACUUAUCUUUCCCCUUUCUCUUUCCCUUUACCCUAAUCAUACAUCCUUCCCACCCAGAUACCAACCUUAGACUCCUAAGACGACUUCUUCUUCUUCUUCUCCUUCAUGAUCUUCUUCUUCUUCCUGUGGCAAGUGUAACAUCUCUGACUUGGACCACAGAUAUUCUUCCUGCUAAAAGGACAAUUAGCAACGAGAGACUAAUUUUACUGUAUGUCAUCUUAAGUGUAGCACUUUCCCGUAGAGAGUGUGUUAGCUAAACCAUUCAGACUAGCAUAAUAUUCAGGCACGCACAUUAGUCGCAGCAGUAGGGCUACUGGUAACUAUUUUCUACUUUUUUUCUUACUCUAUAUCUGUUUUCCUGACUUUGCCCUCUUUACUCUAUAGAAGGACUGCAUAGAGACAUUUUGCACAUCUGUAUAUUAUCUGUGCCUCGUGUUUAUUCCCGUAAGUAUGUUGUCUUUUUCUGUUAUGCUCAGCUGUACGCUGUGGGCUCUUUGAUCUGUUUUUCUGUUUUGCACCACAACCCCUUCCGCUCGUCCUUUCCUUAAUCUAAACUACACUGUGACUCUGACCAGCUGUCUUAACGUGGCAGAUGCCACCUGAUCUACUCUCCGACGCUCCAGCCCCUUCAAAUCAAGGCAGCCUCCAUGCUUCCCAGCAUUCAAAACAAAACAGGACAUGAGAAAUAAGAAGAAAGGGCAGUCAUUACACCAAAAGUCAGGCAAAACAUUAUUCCCAUUAAUUAAAGGACGCCACAUGGAGUCUGUUCGGGUGUCUGAUCUGAAAGCGGUGAGAGAACUUCGCAGGAAAAAUGGCUUGUAUGUUUUCUCGUGGGGGAAUGAGAAAAAGAAACCUUGAAAAUAACAAAUGACGUCCUCUCCUGAAGACUUGUCCUGGCCAUGGGUUUGUCCUGGCCAUGGAAGAAAAACGUAAAUUAAAAAAAAAUUAAAGAAAAAAUCUAGCUAUGAAACAGCACCGUUAAAGUGAAUGGAAGAAAAGGGAUAUGGGACGGAAAUCGUAAUGAAUUUGUUCUGCAGACGUUUUCUGCCGCAUCACCGUAUUAUUAAAUGGCCAUGCACUGUUACCUUUAUUACUACAAAGCACACGACUGAUCUGACAUCGCUUAGUCAUUGUUAUAUAUCAAUCAGCAGAAAAGUCCACAUGAUACGGUAUAUCAGCUGAAAAAAAGCAAAACAAUAUAACCAUUUUUUUUACCUGUAGCAUGACUCAGCACGUGAUUGGCCUUCGAAAUAACUUAAACAGAAAUCGUGUUCUAGUGUAACGAAAUGAAAGGUUACAUAAAGUCAAGGUCUGAUAUAAAAGUGGGGGAUUGCAGCAGAUUGAAUGCUAUCGAUUAGAUCGUAUUGGAUCAGCUAACCACUCGAACAGUGGUGGUGUUGAGAACCACAGAGGAAAGGCAUGUUUCAGUUAAACUACUCGACAGCAUUUCAUGGCUGGUUGAAGCCACAGUCUGGUCCACGGUACACAGGAGGACACUUUCGGAAAUGGGUUCUGUGACGGCGGGAAUGUCGUGAAGUAAUAGAAUAGCGAGUGAGGCGUAGAAUUAAUCUCUCAUCUGUGAGAUCUUAAAAGUUGCAUGGUCGGUAAAAUAUUACAGGGAAAUAGACGGCUAAUAUUUAUUUACAUAUCGUAUGCCUCUACUGUGAGAUGACCACUGAAAACUGACACUAUACUAAUAAGGUUUGAACUCGAUAGCAGGCGUCGAUUGUUGGUUUAGAUCUUUAGUUUGAAAUUGUUUCUUUUCGCUGACCGUGUAGCCCUAGUCGGUCACAAGACGUCUCACUUAUCCGUAGCAAAUAUUGUCCGAGUUUUUGUUCUUCUGAAGCAUUUUUAGCCUUUUUCUAGUUAAAAAAUGGUCCUUGAUAGCCGAAAUAGUGCUUGCAGGAGAAGAACCAUUUUAGAAAAUGAUUUGAUGACCUCUGGAAAAUUUGUCAGCUAAUGUUCCAUGAUAUUACAAAAUGUCAAAAUGGGAAAGAUGGUCACAGAGAGCAGAGUGCUUCAGAGUGUGCCGAACUUCUGAAAUGGUUAUGAAAGAGUUUUUAAAGUUGUCGAAGAUGGCUAGAGCUAAGGACCGUGUGCCGGUGCAUGUCGCACGGUGUUCGGUUUAGUUUCUCUAAAAGAACAAAGGAUGGAGAUUGAAUUAAAUCUCCAUACGUACCUCAUAAUGUACCUCAGAUUUCUUUUUACCUUGAGCUGAAGCCCAUUCACGGUAAUGAAAUAAUAAUAACGUACUGUAUCGUGUCUCAGAGGUAGAGAACUGAUCUCUGUCAGGUCUAUUAAAUCUGUGUGAUGCUGUUUAGUAUUUAAAGAUACUUUUAUUUUGGAACUACUAAUCACAAAGCGUCUUAGUGUAGAAAUGCUGUUCUGCUGUCAUUGUUUCUUCCGCUAGUGACAUGCUUUAAGAAGCCUGAAAUAAAUGUGAGGAUUGUGAGGAAAUGGAGUAUUGAUGGUAGUAUCAGCUUAUCGAUCAGCAGCAUUAAGGUGACAUCUAGGGCAACGUCUGGAUCACGGCUGCUGCUUCCAGACCGACUCUGGAUAUUCUGAUAAAAGAACCGUACGUCCGAUUGAAACUCAGACAUACUGCACUUACAUGCAUGCUAUCAUUUGCAUCUACAGUAUAUAGUUUGGACUUUCUUUUAUGAUAUGAUUUGUUAUACAUUUCUGGUUAUGCCAGUGUUAUACAAACCGGUUCUCUUCAGAUCUGGGAUGUUCAACUCAAACUUCCAGUCCAGGUCCUUGUUUCCAGAGGUUCAGAGACGCACUGGCUGUAUGGGGACAACGGUGUUCUUUUCAUUUUUAGCCAUUAAUAAUUCAUCACCGACAAACAAGGCAAAUGAAAUGAAAAUGUAUAAAUGGGAAAGUCAGUGAAACCCCUACUGGGAUGUAGUCACUGCUUCUUUAGCAUGUGCUUGGAUAAAUCUCAACAGAGGAUCUACUCCAGAGGACAUUCCGAGUUUUUUUCUGAUGGUAAUCGGUUGAACUACUCAAUUCUGUCCACAGAAACACUUUGCUAGAAUACAAGUUGAUAUCCUCUGCUUCAGAUGGUUGACAUUUUUGCUCUUCUAACUCACAACAUGUACAUUUUAAUGUUCUGAUUAUGACACUAGCAGUGAGAUGCACAAGAGCUGUGUCUAAAUUGUCUCAAGACUGUCUAACGUACUAUAACUAAACUAUAUACAGUAUUUGCUACACCUACAUGAUAGAUAGAUGGAUGGAUGGAUGGAUGGAUGGAUGGAUGAAUGGAUGGAUGGAUGGAUGGAUGGAUAGACAGGUGGGAUUUUGGGUAUGUGUAUGGAUAGAUGGAUGGGUGGAAGGAUGCGUGGGUGGGUACAUAUAUAGAUGGGUGGGUGGUUAAAUGGAUGGGUGAGUGGAUGGGUCAAUGGGUACGUGGAUGGGUCAAUGGGUACAUGGAUGGAUGGAUGGAUGGAUGGAUGGAUGGAUGGAUGGAUGGAUGGAUGGAUGGAUGGAUGGAUGGAUGGAUAGAUCUGUGAUUUUAUGUUUUUUUUUUUCCUGUAUUAUAAUAAGGAAAGAACUAGAGAAAAGCAUCAGCUCUUUCUGGCUGGCUUAAAAUCUGAAGUAGUAGAGAGUGUGAGUUCACUCCUCAUACACAAUCAGCUGAAAAGUCAGUAAAGGCACUGGAUCAUUUUGUCUCACCAAUAGGAGCAAAAAUGCAAACCAUCUGGGGCCCUGGUACUGAUUUGAGAAACAACACUGCAUAAUGUAUUCUCUCUCUCUCUCUCUCUCUCUCUCUCUCUCUCUCUCUCUCUCUCUCUCUCUCUCUCUCUCCUAACACACAGAUAACUACACAUUAGCAUAUAUGGGUGAAAACAACAGUUUGAUUUCUGCCAUUUUGUAGCAUGCUGUGUUAUUCUUUUCUGCUCUGGUAUAUGAAACAGGCAUGCAGACCAAACCUUUAGAGCCCUGACCUUUCCUCCAUAUACAUACAGUAUAUUGUGCCUAAUGAUGGAAACAAAUAUUAAAACUGUAAUAAAUGCAUUAAUAAAUUACA